AUGGAGGCAAAGCCCGGCCUUUUCUCCGGGCUCAGCUUGCGCCGCCCCACACCGACGGGGACGAUUGCGCAUCCGCUCCUCGGUGCGACCUCGCCCGAGUCGGACGGCGAGCGCGAGCUCAAGGAACUGCCAUACAAGCCGCGGCAGAGAGCACCUUCCCCAGCGAGUCCAGGGCGCGUUGCCAACGACUCGUCCUCUGCCCAGCUACAGCCAGCGCCGCCUGCGAUUACGACGAGCACAGUGGCGUCCUUCGCCCCAGAAGAAGCUGGCGCAGCGGGCCGGUUACAGCUCCAGAGCCUCAAGGCGGCCGCACAACGGAUUGGCCUGAGCAACGGGAGCAUGGGCAUGGGCAUGGUCGACUCGAUAUUUGAGAAGGGCUCGCGGGCGCGCGCCGACGGCGACUGGGCCGACCUCCUCAAGGCCCUCACCACUGGCAAGGCUAUCAUCCUCCUGCCUUCCUCGCCGGCGUCCAGUUUGCCCAUGACGCCGCAGACGCUGCGUGACCACAUCGCAUUCCUCUCGCCCGCACUCCCUACCCCAUCAGGGCCUGCUAGCGUGCUCGUCACCCUCUCCGGCCUCGUGGGCUCGCUGCAGAGCGGGACUGUGACCUUUGAGAGCUGCGUCCCACCAGAUUCAUCGCUCCUCCACGCCCUCCGCAACGAGGACCAUCGGGCUGGCGUCCUCAGCCGGCUGCGCCCAACCCACCUCGCCGCUCCUCCUCUCCCCUCCCUCCCCUCACCCUAUCCGCCCUUCACCCUCGCGCCCGAGAGCACGUCCCUGUCGUUCCCGCCCCUUGGGCGGGGUGCGCCCGAGAAGCGCCCUGAUCCACGCCGAUACCCUUUCAUGUCGCUGUUUGGGAGUAGCCCGUCAACUCCCCGGACCACCGGUGCCCUCACUCCGGACAGGCCAGCGAGUCCCAACGCAAGCGGUCGGACCUCGCCAAGACCCAGCGUGAUGAGCCUCGAGGACGAACAUGGCGAAGGGUACUCUGUGGCUGCGUACGUCGUCGACCGCGGGAUUCGGUACACCGAGGUUCACAAGGCGCUCGUCAAGGCCGUCCGUGGCGUCGUGCGUGCCGAACUCGAGGGUUUACCGGACCGCGUGGUUGACAAGGUCCUCCGCUUCGUCACGGGCUCCGUGUGUCCCGUCUCCGGCGGAGUAGAUGGUGCCCUCCUCAAGGCACACCACCUCGGCCUGGGAGCCGGGGACAGUGACGUGCCCCUGGAUUUCUCUAAUUCAACUGUCGCGGGCGAGAGGUCGCAGGACUUCAUGGAGGGCGUUUACGACGACCUCGUGCAACACUUCCGUGCCGAGGGCCCAAAGAAGUGGGAGAAUGACGAGGACGCACACGAGGGGUAUAUCGAGGACGAGGCCGGCGACGGGACGGAGCGCAUCGAGGCCCUCGUGUGCCGCCUUUUGCACAACCGCAUCUUCUCGCCUCUGAACAGCGACGACGCGAGACACGAUGAAGCGCUGGCCAGCCGCAUCGCUGCGCUCAACAUGCUCGACCUCUCUCUCGAUCACCUGGGGCUGAUCACUCGUCCUCCAGGCGAGACUGAUAAGGGCGCCCUCGGGCGUGGCCUCGCCGCCCUUGUGGACGAUGUUGGAGGCGAACUGCAGAAGCUGUCGCGGGCCGACUGCCUCACGCCCAAGGAUAAGGUCGAUGUGCUCGUCAACGCCCACAAGAUUGCCGUCGAUGGCUUGGCGCUCCUGCCGCCCAUCCAGCUACGGCCAGAGGGCGAGCCUUACAUCCCCGAAGGCUUGGACGCGAUCAACGAGGUAGAGCCUCUUGCAUCGCGCCUUUCAGAUCCAGACGAUGACGGGACGGAGUUGGCUGAGGCUGGGACUCCGGGAGCUCCGACGCGGGAGACCGCCAAGAAGGACGGAUAUGACUCGGAUGAGAAAGCGGUCGAUUCGGCGGAGGACGUCAAUGCAGAUGCCACGGACGAGAAGGUCGCUGUCGCGGAACCCGAGAAGAAGACCCCACCUGCGACAUCUGGCGCCGACCUCAUCCUCCCUCUUAUAAUCUUCGCCGUCGUCAAGGCCAACCCGGCCCAGCUCGCCUCCCAACUGAUGUAUCUGCGUCGGUACCGCUCGGCCAUCUGCCUCGCUGGCGAGGCAUCCUACGCCAUUGUGAACUUGACCGCCGUCGUCGAGUUCCUUGAGCACGUGCAACUCUCUGAGCUGGGCCUGGAGAGCACCGAGCGUGUGAUGAGCGUUGCGGACCUAGCCCCAAUCUCGUUGGGAGACAUGGACGAUGCGAGCAUAUCCUCCGCGAGCAGCCGGAUCAAGGGCCGCCUUCUCCCCGACAUCGCCGGGUCUGCAGCGGACGGGGCGACACGUGUCCUAGGCGCCGUGGAGGGCGGGAUCUCUGUCUUGCGCGGACUCAUGGCUGCGCAGGAGGAGGAGAAACCGCAAGGCCGACCCCGACAGAGCUCGACCUUCUCCCUCGCCUCGGUGACCGCCAGCGUGGCGAAUAUCGCCGCGGCGGCGUCCACGGCUGCGGCACGCACGCGAUCGCGCGCGUCAAGCGAGGUCGGGCAGGUCGGGCGCGAGCUCCUCGAGGUUCCGCCUGGUACACUCAGUGAUGAGGAGGUGCACGACGGCGUGCGCGUCACGUCGCCGAUCGAGGAGGAGGAGGAGGAACGGGAUGGGCGAGCCCGAUCAAUCGUGAGCGUCAGCAGCAUGAUGCGCGACACAUCGCGUGAAAGGGUGCGCGAGGGCGUCGGCGCGCGCCUCUCCUCCCUUGGCGCGCGACUUGCUGAGGGUGGUCCCACGCCCACGCCGACACCGAUGUCCUCUGAGAAACCUGCGAGCUCCGUUGUGCCGCCUGGGGCGGGUAAGGACGGUUUCUUUGCGACGCUCUCCAAGCGCCGCCCACCCCGCUCGCCAAGCGGGACGUUGCUUGCCCCAGACGACGGGCCAAUCGAGCGCUUCAUGACCUGCGAAGUUGGGGAUAUCCGCCUGAACGAGGUAGGCACAUUGCUGCGUGAUUACCGCCGGCUGGCGGGGGUGGUGUCGCGUCUGCAGGGACAGUAA